GCGCGCCCGAGCAAUGUGACCCGCCCUCAUCGUCACCAUGGGCUCCUGGCUCACCUCUGCCCUCAUCAUCCUCUUUGCCAUGGGUGGUGAGGGCCAGGAGCACGGGCCGGUGUUCCUGCUGGAGCCGCCGGCGCGGCUGGUGUUCUCCAACGGCACGGGCGCGCGCGUGUCGUGCGCCGCGCACGGCUCGCCCGCGCCGCAGCUCGCCUGGCAGCAGCUCGACGGCGCGCAGCUUGACGACGUGCCCGGCCUCAGGUGUCGAUUCUUCGGCUUAGUGUAUUAUGGAGGAGGCGACGAGUACGUUUAUAUUGGCUUCCCCUGA